CCCACCCCCUCCCUUUUCCUCCUUCUCGUCCUCCUCCUCCACCUCCUCCUCCUCCUCCUCCUCCUCCUCGGCGGCAGAGGCGGUAGCUCUCGCCAUUGCCGCUGGUGGCAGGAGGCGGCGAGGAGCCGGCGCGGUCGUAGUCUCCACGGCGCAGGCCCGCGGUAGCGCAGCCGCUCUGAGAAUUUAUUCAUGGAGGAGCACGGAGUGACCCAGACAGAACAUAUGGCUACCAUUGAGGCUCAUGCAGUGGCCCAGCAAGUACAGCAGGUCCAUGUGGCCACCUACACAGAACACAGCAUGCUGAGUGCUGAUGAAGAUUCCCCUUCUUCUCCUGAGGAUACCUCCUAUGAUGACUCGGACAUCCUCAACUCCACUGCAGCUGAUGAGGUGACAGCCCACCUGGCGGCAGCAGGUCCUGUGGGGAUGGCAGCUGCUGCUGCUGUAGCAACAGGAAAGAAACGAAAACGACCCCAUGUCUUUGAAUCUAAUCCUUCUAUUCGGAAGAGACAGCAGACCCGAUUGCUAAGGAAACUUCGAGCUACAUUAGAUGAAUAUACAACGCGAGUGGGACAGCAAGCUAUUGUCCUAUGUAUUUCUCCCUCAAAACCCAACCCUGUUUUUAAAGUAUUUGGUGCAGCACCUUUGGAGAAUGUGGUGCGCAAGUACAAGAGCAUGAUCCUUGAAGACUUGGAAUCAGCCUUAGCAGAACACGCCCCUGCGCCACAGGAGGUUAACUCCGAGCUGCCACCUCUCACCAUCGAUGGAAUUCCUGUCUCUGUGGACAAGAUGACCCAGGCUCAGCUCCGGGCAUUCAUCCCAGAAAUGCUAAAGUACUCUACAGGCCGUGGGAAGCCAGGAUGGGGGAAGGAGAGUUGUAAACCGAUAUGGUGGCCAGAGGACAUCCCAUGGGCAAAUGUCCGAAGUGAUGUCCGAACAGAAGAACAGAAACAGAGAGUGUCUUGGACCCAGGCACUACGGACUAUAGUCAAAAACUGCUAUAAACAGCACGGGCGAGAAGACUUGUUGUAUGCUUUUGAAGAUCAGCAAACACAACAGCAGGCCACAGCAACGCAUAGUAUAGCACACCUGGUACCCUCGCAGACGGUAGUCCAGACCUUUAGCAAUCCUGACGGCACUGUCUCACUUAUCCAGGUUGGUACAGGCGCAACAGUAGCCACUCUGGCUGAUGCUUCUGAACUACCUACCACUGUCACUGUUGCCCAAGUGAAUUACUCCGCUGUGACUGAUGGAGAGGUAGAACAAAAUUGGGCCACACUACAGGGGGGUGAGAUGACCAUCCAGACAACACAGGCCUCAGAAGCAACCCAGGCAGUGGCAUCAUUGGCAGAGGCGGCUGUGGCAGCUUCCCAGGAGAUGCAGCAAGGAGCAACUGUCACCAUGGCUCUCAACAGUGAAGCCGCCGCCCAUGCUGUCGCCACACUGGCUGAAGCCACACUGCAAGGGGGAGGACAGAUCGUCCUGUCUGGGGAAACCGCAGCAGCUGUAGGAGCACUUACUGGAGUCCAGGAUGCUAAUGGCUUGGUGCAGAUCCCGGUGAGCAUGUAUCAGACUGUGGUAACCAGCCUUGCCCAGGGGAACGGGCCGGUUCAGGUGGCCAUGGCCCCCGUGACGACGAGGAUAGCGGACAGUGCCGUCACCAUGGAUGGCCAGGCUGUGGAGGUGGUGACGUUGGAACAGUGACACUGACCUGGAUCAUGGGGUCAUUUUCUAUUCUACAACGAAGAAGUUUUUUACACGUUUGCAGAAGUGCAAUCAGAUGCCGUUCAGUCUCCCGACUUUGGAAACAAGUUUUGUUAUCCUUUUUUUUUAAAGGAAAAAAGUGGCGGAAGGGAGCAGAAGACAAGAAAUGGCAUUUUUUUAAAAGCACCACUCUUGAUUUUCUGAUACAGCAGAGUUAAACACAACAUUGUCCAUUUCGCUGUCCAGAAAAGGCCAAAUUGUGGCAGGACUCCUUUCUGCGGAAACGUGUGUAUAUACGUGUGUGUGCGUGUGUGUGUGCGUGUGCGUGCGUGUGUGUGGAAAAGAUAUAUGUAUAUGUGUACAUAGGUAUAUACACAUUUACAUAUAUAUGAGGCAUAUAUAUGUGUGUAUAUAUAUAUAUAUAUAUAUGAGAGAAAUCCACAUUAAAUUAGCUGUAUGAAAUCAAGGUGAGCUGUGGACAAAAUAAUUCACCCAGUUUAGUGGGUGGUAGGUGACACAGCUAGACACAGUUGCUCUGCUAUAUGUUUCUGAUAGGGCCAUGCAUUGAGCUACUGACUGACUCAGGCGGAGGUAGCCACGCCCUCUGAAAAAGCUGCCGUGGGAGCGGCAGAGAAAUCUUUCUACUGGACUCACCCCAAGGAAAGGGACUGCGGAGGGGGCUGGAUUGGGCAGUGUCCACGCAGGCAGGGACUGGCAAAGACAGAGCAGAGGCAGGCACUCCCAGGAGGGGGCGUCAGGCUCCAACAUUACCCCAGAUUGGGUGGAAGCCCCCUCCUCUACCUUCCUAGGAAUCCCCUUCUUUUUCUCAUGGCAAUUUCAGUUUUGCUUUGGUUGGCCCUGAUUUUGGUCAUAUCCAUAUAAACUGAAGAAUAACAAAGAUGGAUAAGAUUGGAGAGAAGAGAGGAGUGUGAGAAUGUGUGAGUGUGACUGAAUGUGUGUGUGUGUGUGUGUGUAAGAGAGAGAGAAGGAAAAAAAUCUUCAAAGAACAGGAGACACCAACUACCUUAAAUAUUUUCUUUCCUGCAACUUUGUGGCUUAGCAAAAUUAAACCCCAGAAGUGAAAGGUACGUCUGAUUCCUCUAAGGUGUGACUGUUACUGAUGAUACUGGGUCAGAGUAAAAGAAAACCAAUGAACCAAGGAAGAGUGUGUUCCCCACCCUCCAGGACAUUGAUUCACAUUCAUUCUCUCUCUGCUUAAGUGAUUCUGGAGAUAGAAGUGGAAGAUUUUCAUUUGUACCCCAGGAUCCUGGACAACACAGGCCCCAUACCUGUCCCAGCAGGCACUGUACAGCUUACCUGCCCUUAACAGUGGUUGUUUGAUCUAUAUAUUCUUUUUACUCUAUUAAACACAAUUUCCCUGCUGCAAGCGUUGGAUUUUCAGUGGCAGAUUAUCACUUGAAUUCCCAGCGAGCCAAACCUCUGCUCCUUGAACACAGGAACCCCUCUUCCUCUCUCCUCCAAGACCCCCUGCCCCCCAGUGUGUGCAGCAGUGUAUGUAUUUAAUGUUUUUUUAAAUGCAGCAUUAAGAAAUUCUUCAUGUCUUGCUCAACCUUUUGAGAAAGUUUCAAAUUCUCAGAUUUGCUUGUUUUAUAUGAAGCUAUCCAAUGUUCUUUGUAUGUUUUUUUUCUGUACGUAUUGGGGGGAGGGGGAACAUUUACAUAUAAACAGUCCUAAGUCUACAAUUUGUUAUUUUUUUAAUUAUUAUUAUUAUUAUUAUUAUUUUUUAUUGUCAUUGUGAAGAUGUCCAGUGGCUUUAAAGUCCUUGUUUCCUUUGUGGUGAAAUAACCUCCUGGUAGUUUGAAAGAUUGCCAAGAAGAUGGAAGAAAAAAAAAUGCAAAAUCCAGUAGCAGAGCAUGGAAUCUGUGUUGUUUUCCCAUUCUGUUUAUUACUGCCUCAUUCAAUAAAUAGUUACAGAUGUGGCUACA